AGUCUUGCACAGGUGUACCGGCUCCUCCCCUCCAGUCUUGCACAGGUGUACCAGCUCCUCCCCUCCAGUCUUGCACAGGUGUACCGGCUCCUCCCCUCCAGUCUUGCACAGGUGUACCGACUCCUACCGCUCAGUCUUGCACAGGUGUACCGGCUCCUCCCCUCCAGUCUUGCACAGGUGUACCGGCUCCUCCCCUUCAGUCUUGCACAGGUGUACCGGCUCCUCCCCUCCAGUCUUGCACAGGUGUACCAGCUCCUCCCCUUCAGUCUUGCACAGGUGUUCCAGCUCCUCCCCUCCAGUCUUGCACAGGUGUACCAGCUCCUCCCAUUCAGUUUUGCACAGGUGUACCAGCUCCUCCCCUUCAGUCUUGCACAGGUGUACCAGCUCCUCCCCUUCAAUCUUGCACAGGUGUACCGGCUCCUCCCCCUCAGUCUUGCACAGGUGUAUCAGUUCCUCCCCUUCAGUCUUGCACAGGUGUACCGGCUCCUCCCCCUCAGUCUUGCACAGGUGUAUCGGCUCCUCCCCUCCAGACUUGCAAAGGUGUACCGGCUCCUCCCCUUCAGUCUU